AGUAAAAGUCAUUUUUUAAAUAUUUGUGAAUGAUAAUUUAUAGAACUGCUUUUCUGAUAAUUGGUUGAUAGGAUCAUUUGAAAAUGAUGGGGAACAGAAGUGUAAGCUUUUAUAGUGAAGAAAACAAAUUCAGUGACAGCAGUCAACAGUCCCUUUCAUUAUCAGAAACUUCCUCCUCAAUUGAUAGCGGACAAUCACUUUUGGACAAUGUCAUUAUAUAUGAUGAUUACUUCAAAAACAUUGCUCACUCUUGGACUCCACUGGGGAACGCCUUUAUACCCUGUGUUAUACUCGAAGACAUAGAAUAUUGUCCAGCCAAGCUACUUGAGGAGGUAGUGUUUAAAGAUCAACUAAUGCAAUUUUCACCGAAGCUUUACAAGAAGAUAUUGCCAAGUUUUUUUCUCACUCAAUACGAAGUUGAUGUUAUUAAUAAUAUUAUAAGUAGAGCAGACUGUGGAUAUACUGGUGAAAAACUUAAGUACAAUGACUAUUUUGUGAAACUGCAGGAUGCCAAAGAUUUAUAUGAAUUUCUUUUGCUUUGCCAUAAUCUGCUAAAUUCGGAUGAAGUGGGAGAUCCUAUUAAAUGUGGUUUUUUACGAAUUAAUAAAAUGGCUGUGGUACCAUAUAUUUUAAGAGAUGAGGAACAACUUGUUCCAUUGACAUAUUUUGAAGGUAAUAUAAAAAAGUUCGAAGAUGAGGCCGUUAUUUUGACAACUGCUGAAUGGAUUUAUAUAAAAAUGUGUUUUCUUAUUCAAGGAACACGUGAAGAAUUACUUGACAAAAAUAUGAAAUUUAUACCAAUUGCCACACUAAAAAAGGGUGCCAAAUCUAGUAUGGUAUAUGAUAAGUUUUGGCCUGGAACAUCAGAUCAAUUUAAGCCGCUAUCAUUUAAAUCCUCAGAAAAUUUUACCCCAUUAAUGUGGAUUGAAAGUCCUGUAUAUGAUUUUAACACUGUUAAUAAUAAACCAGCUAUUGAACCCAAUUAUAGCAAAUGUAAUUUAUUACAGUACAAUGAAGAACUAUCUCAGCUUGAAUACUGCAGUAACUUUCUAUCAGGACAAUCCUCUAUUGAUUCUUUCUCUCUUGUGGACUUAAACCUCAAGAACUUUUAUUGGGGAAGGGUUGUAGACGUUUUUCUUCCUAUAAUUCUUAAAAGAGAUGAAAAACUUUGCGCGGCUCAAUACGUUGAAGAUUUUAUUUUCAAGGACAUUCUACAAUCUCUUAAUCCUAUGGUGUACGAAAACGCAAUUCCAUCUACUAUGACCACAGAAACCGAUACAGAAAUUCUUAAUAAUAUGAUUGGCUUACACUAUAAAGAAUAUGAAAAAAAUGCUAUAAAGCCUGGAGACUCACUCGUGAAUUUAGCGCACAUAAAAAUGUUCAACGAAUUUAUUAUAUACUGCAAUAAGCUGUUGUCUUCCAAAAUAACGAAUAAUUUAGAGAAGUAUGGUUUCGUACGCAUAAAUCGAAAGCCGCUUGUACCGUUCAUCAAGAGGGAAGGUAAGCAUUUCGUUCCGUUUAUGUACUUUGAAGGAAAUUUGGAAAACUAUGUGGAAAUGUGCGUUACAGCGACACGAAAAGAAUGGUGGUACAUGAAAAUAUGUUUCGUCAUACAAGGCACUCGUGCAGAAGUUAUCGACACGGAAAGAAAAAUUAUUGAAUUGGACUUAAUGAAGAAUUCCUUCGGAAAAACUUUUAAAAUUGAUGAAUUCUGGCCAAAGCAAAAAAGUAUUCUUACGAAAAUUUCUGCAAAACGUCGAAACAAGUACGUUCCUCUUAAAUGGUGUGAACUUCCUGAUCAUUUUUAUUAAUCCCACUUCAAUACUUUAAAACCAACUGCUAAAUUACAACGUAUUUACUUACAAAAUUUUAGUCUAGGAUUUUUAUUAUCUGAUUUCAAAAAAAAUAUCACAAAUCACACAAAGUGAAAGUCUUUUUUACGAUUAAUAAAUAAAAACACAAAUUAUC